AUGGAUCGAAAAAAUAUCCUGUUUGUCAUAUUCUUCGACGAUGCGCAGCAGCAGAUGUUCGACGACGCCGCUGAUAGGAUUAUUGCGGGAUACAAUCCCGGAAGUUAUGAUGCUUGGACGACUGGCCAACAAAUGCAAUUCGUUUUAAAAAAUUUUAAUUUCUUGAAAAAUAUGAUGUUUAUCGAUGUUUAUGAGGAUCUGUGUCGAAUAAUUUCGCAUUUUAAUUUUGAUUUUCAUUGCUUUAACGAAUUCCCAUUUCGUAACAGCACACCCCAGCACAGCACACAGAGCCUGCGCUGA